AUGAAGAUUGUUAUGGAUUCUGCAAAUAAUAAAAUAUUCUACAGGUUGAUUAAAGAGUUGUCAUGGACUGAUAGACUAUUGCCGGUAAUCAUCAUCUUGUCGAUAGUGUUGGGAACCCUUAUUUCUGUCUACGACCCUUCUGCAAGAAAUGCAUUUGACUCUCAACAUAGAUUAGCCGGAGUCAGUGCCCCUUUGGCAGUUGGUUUAAUCAUUAUGAUGAUCCCUCCAUUGUGUAAGGUUGAAUGGGAGAAUAUCCACAAUAUCUUGAGACAAAAAAGGAUAUAUACUCAAUUAGUCAUAUCUCUUAUCUUAAACUGGAUCGUUUGCCCGCUUCUUAUGGUGGCUUUGGCUUGGAUGGCGUUAUUUAAUGAUGAAGAAUAUAGAACUGGUAUUAUCAUGAUUGGCGUUGCAAGAUGUAUUGCCAUGGUGUUGGUGUGGAAUGAACUAGCCGGAGGCGAUAAUACCCUUUGCAUCAUUAUUGUGGUGAUGAAUAGUAUUUUGCAAAUGCUAUUAUAUGCCCCUUAUCAGAUAUUUUUAUGCUAUAUCAUCUCAAAUACUCCGAGAAGUGGUUCAAGCGUUAGUUAUCAAUUGGUUGCCAAAAGUGUGGGGGUAUUUUUAGGUAUCCCCUUUGGAUUUGGUUUGUUGAUUAGAUUGGGUUCAUUAUGUAUUUUCGGUAAAAAAAUUUACGAGAAGAAAUUAUUGCCUUUGAUUUCUCCGUGGUCUUUAAUUGGUUUAGUUUAUACCAUUAUUGUCAUAUUUAUUGCCAGAGGUGAUGAUUUCAUCAAAAAUAUAGGGCAAGCAUUCAAAUGUUUCAUUCCAUUGACGGUAUAUUUUGUCAUUACUUGGUUUGGCACUUUAUUUUUCAUGAGAUACUUUUCCAACUACGUGAAUAGAAAAAAAAUACAAGCUGUUGGAGAAGAAGAACCGUUGAUAAGAUGUGGUUGUGAAAAAACCAUGGAAAGGGAGUCUGCAGAAAAUAAGUGGAAGAUGUGGUGUGGGGCAAAAUAUGGUGAGACUAUAACUCAAACUUUUACUGCUGCUUCUAACAAUUUCGAAUUAAGUUUGUCAAUUGCUAUUUCUAUUUAUGGUUCUGGAUCAAAACAAUCAAUCGCGGCCACAUUUGGCCCAUUAUUAGAAGUUCCUAUUCUUCUAUUCUUAACGGUGGUAGCCAAAUACUUUCAAUUAAAACUUUUGUGGAAUGAUGAUGAGAUUGCAAAUGAUAAGAUUGACUCCUCAAACGUUGAGGGUAACAAAAUUGACUUAUGUCAACUGGCAAAGUAA